GAAAGAAAAUAGAGAUGGAGGUGAAGAGUGUGAAGCUGAAGGCGAUUGAAGCGACGCCGGAGACUUUUGGGGAGUACGGUCAGGUUGUGGAGGCGUCGCCGGACGGCGAUGAGUUUGGUCCUCGGGAUGCUCAGCUGGACCUUAGCCGUGGAAUUCCCAGGUUCUAUAUUAUGCAUCUUGAAGAUCGACCGCUGAAGUUUACGAACAUUACUCACCAUGCCAGCGUCACGCAGUGUCUUGGGGCUAUUGGCGGCCAUGUUUGGUAUCUCGGAAUUGCUAAGGCUUCGAUUGUGGAUGAAAAGGGUGACAAUCUGGUGAAGUCUAGAUGUGCUUCUGGUCAUUACUAUGUGCCUCCUUCUGUCGAGGAUGUUCGCGUUUUUAAGAUCACAGGCAGCAAAUUUCUCAAGCUUAACCGGGGGACAUGGCACGCAGGGCCUUUGUUCAGGGCAGAGAGUAUGGAUUUUUACAAUUUGGAGCUCAGCAAUACCAAUGUGGUUGAUCACACAUUACAUGACUUCGUGAAGGAAAAUGGAGUGGAGUUUGUAAUAGAUGAGUAGCUGUAAUUUUCUGGUUCUGGUUCCAACUUCUGAACUUGUUUCAGAUGCUGUGUAUCUUGAAGUAUAAACUUGCUGAAGAUCGCAAUCUGCUAAAAAUAAAUUUCUUCCUUGGACUAAUAA